UCUCCUCCCCAAAAUUAGGAUGACAAAUCUUGGGGUUUAAAAUUUUUUUUUUUCCCACUAAAUUGCUUCCCUACUUUCCAAUGGGCUUUGGAUAUUGUUCAUUGCUGUUAUUUCUGAAGCCUCUCUGGACCUGAUCUCAAACCAGCCCCUACCACGUCAGUGGAAAGUGUCUGACGGAUGCCCCUGGGUUUUGCUGUAUCAGUACACGAAGUCUUUCCCUGCUUCUCGCUUCAGCAAUGACCGUGGAGGUCCACAACAUCUCUUACACGAGCGCGACUGCCUCUCGGUCCACAAACAACCCCUGCCCAGAGAGCUAUUCCCACGUAUGGAACAGCAUCUUUGCAGGCGACUUGCGCCAGAACUUGCACCACGAGGAGCAGGUCCCCCAUGCCCUGAGCUCCCUCGUCCUCCACAGACUCGACCCCUCCGCCGUCUACAUCCUGUGCAUCAUGUGUAAAAAAAGUUUUCCCUCCAGCAACCAUUGCACGCCCGUCUGCACCCUCGACCGGCAGCCUCUGGCCUUCGGGGGCUCUGGGCAUGAAGCCGACCCCUCGCUGCGGGCAGGGAGCAGCCUCUUGCUGCUGCGCUUUAUGGCCGUCUCGGUGUACGGCUGCCUGCAGUGCUGGUCCCCGAGGUGCCGCAAGCCUUCGCGGCCAUCCUGUGCCAACCCGGAGGGGGACCGGGCGAGCUGGCGGAUGGGACUGUGA